AUGUCAGUGUCGGUUGCGUUUCUUCUUCUGGCAGGAGUCGUCCGGGGCGACGAAUUCUCCAGCUGUAUCCAGGCGAUCGCUCAACGGUACCUCAAGAGCCGAUGUCUUUCCUUUCAGUUCCCCCUCGACUUUAGAGAACCAAGUCUCAUGAAUGUUCCAUCUUUAGUUCGUUCGCCUCUACUUAAGGUACUCCACGAUGAUUGGGCGGUCAAUCUUCCAGCCGCCCACAACAAUUUAUUUCACACCCCUUUGAUGCGCAUAGGACCCAUCUGUUAUCUCCAUUGUGCACAUAUAAUUAUUUUAGAUGAUAGUGUAUCCUACAUCAAACAGAUAAAUCAAAUACUUUAUACUUUCUAUGGCCAUUUUUAUGAAGAUGGAGCAGGCAAUAGAACUAGAAUGGUUAUUACAAUCUCAGCUGAGACAAACGAGGCUAAAAUCUAUGCAUUGUUGAAAUAUAUGUUUCGUAUGGGUGAAAUAGACGUGAUAUUUGUCGGGAAGAAGGAUGGAGUCAUCAGCGUAUUCACUUUGUUUCCGUACGGAAAGGACAAGAAAAGCUGUCCUGAGGAUAAUAGUGUGGAGAUAUUAGACAGAUGGGUCGGUGGUCGUUUCGAAAAAAAUACAAAUCUCUUCCGAGACAAAGUUCCAAGAAAAUUCAACAACUGCACGAUUGAAGUAGGUACGAUGAAUGACCCUCCUCAUUUCAUGUUGGACGAUGAUGGAAACGGGAUGGGUGGUAUCGAGUAUCGAAUAGUGAAAAUGAUCGGACAUCAUUUGGGCCUGAACAUCCGCUUCAAGAUCUACUACUCCAGAAACGACUCAGUUUUCUGGACAGAGAAGGAGAUGCCCCGAGGGAUUAGAGCAGACCUGAGGAAAGGAAGAGUUUGGAUGAUAAUGUCGGGACAUAGCAACUUCAUCUUCACCUUCUCCUGCAUCACAGUCCCGCACUCUUAUCUCACGAACCGCGUGACCUGGUUCUUCAGCAACCCGAAGCAGGUACCAAAUUGGGAACUGAUUUUCUUGACGUUCGAUGGACCGUUGUGGAUCUUGGUACUAGUGACUACAAUAGGAUUCCCCUCGAUUAUAUCUAUACUUGCUAAAUUCUUCAAAAGGAAGCAUCCUUUUCAAAUACUGUCCACAUCCAUGCUAAUUAUGAUAGGUCUGUUAUUCGCGAAUCCUUCUAGCGUUAAACUAAAAGGCGCUUUGUUCAGGAUCGCAUUCGCUGCUUGGCUGUUUUACAUCAUUCACAUUAAUCUGGCAUACUCCGUAGCAUUGACGUGUUUUCUAAUCACAGGCAAAUGGGAGUCGAAAAUAACCUCGUUCGAGCAAAUGCUCCAGCUCAAAAUCAAAACGGCCAUGACAGAAAAUAUUGUCAUACAAACGUCAGGAGUUGAAGAACCUUUGUUGAAAAAAGUUCUAUCUAAUCGAAUCAUAAUUCAAGAUGUCAGUGAGAUCUUUUCACAUCACGAAUUAGGUAACUUUACGCUUUUGGAACGAGAACCAACAUUCAAAUAUAAGAUAAAAAAAUACGGCCUAUCCUUCUAUAAUUCAGACUUGGACCUGGGUUUCGUCUAUCUUGGGCUGAAAAUGAGGCGCAACCAUUUUCUCAUCGACAGAAUAGGAGACUUGUCUUCGAGAGUCCUCGAAAACGGUUCUGUCAAAAAGUUCAUUUGGGAUUAUUGGCCUGAUCCAAGGAGUCCCAGGAGGUCUGGGUUUGAGUCUUUUACACUGACAGAUCUUUCGGGACCUUUUCUUGUAUUAGCUGUCGGUUCAACGAUUUCCUUGAUUGUGUUUCUGUGUGAAAUCCUUUUUGAAUACAUUAAAAGUAAGCCGAUGAAAUCUAUAUAUGUUUAUAAAUAA